AUGAAAGAAGUAGAAAGAUCCAUUAGAAUUAUGCAAGAACCACAAGAGAAGCUGAAAGAUUCACCACAAUCGAAAAAAAGAGAAAUCAGUAAGACCACAAGAGAAGCCGAAAAAUUUACCACAAUUGAAAAAAAGAGAAAUCAGUAA